ACAGUGACAAUGACUGAGUGUGCGAGUCUUCAGUUUGUGAGUCCUUUUGCUUUUGAGGCAAUGCAGAAGGUGGAUGUCGUGAGAUUGGCAUCGUUAAGUGAUCCAGAGUUGCGACUGCUCCUGCCCUGCUUGGUGCGGAUGGCCCUUUGUGCCCCUGCUGACCAAAGCCAAAGCUGGGCUCAGGAUAAAAAACUGAUUCUUCGUCUUCUGUCUGGAGUAGAAGCGGUCAACUCCAUUGUUGCCUUGUUGUCUGUGGACUUUCAUGCUUUAGAACAGGAUGCCAACAAAGAGCAGCAGCUUAGGCAUAAACUGGGAGGUGGCAGUGGAGAAAGUAUCCUGGUGUCACAGCUUCAGCAUGGACUCACAUUAGAGUUUGAACAUAGUGAUUCGCCUCGUAGGUUACGUCUUGUGCUCAGUGAGCUUUUAGCAAUUAUGAACAAGGUUUCAGAGUCCAAUGGAGAAUUCUUUUUUAAAUCUUCUGAACUCUUUGAGAGUCCAGUCUAUUUGGAGGAAGCUGCAGAUGUACUUUGUAUUUUACAAGCAGAGCUCCCUUCUCUGCUUCCUAUAGUCGAUGUGGCAGAAGCCUUGCUCCAUGUUAGAAAUGGUGCCUGGUUCUUAUGUCUUAUGGUGGCCAAUGUUCCUGAUAGUUUUAAUGAAGUUUGCAGGGGCCUGAUUAAAAAUGGAGAACGACAAGAUGAAGAAAGUCUUGGAGGGAGGCGCAGGACAGAUGCCUUACGCUUCUUAUGUACAAUGAAUCCUUCUCAGGCUCUCAAAGUCCGAGGCAUGGUGGUGGAAGAAUGCCACCUGCCAGGCCUUGGAGUGGCUUUGACAUUGGAUCAUACAAAAACUGAAACUUGUGAAGAUGGAGUGAGUGACUUGGUUUGCUUUGUUAGUGGUUUGCUUCUUGGAACAAAUGCAAAAGUCCGCACUUGGUUUGGAACUUUUAUCCGAAAUGGACAGCAGAGAAAAAGAGAGACCAGUAGUUCUGUCCUUUGGCAAAUGAGAAGGCAGCUUCUUCUGGAGUUGAUGGGCAUUCUUCCCACAGUAAGAAGUACCCGUAUUGUGGAAGAAGCUGAUGUGGAGAUGGAACCCAAUGUGUCUGUGUAUUCGGGGCUGAAAGAAGAACAUGUGGUGAAAGCCAGUGCACUUUUACGUCUGUACUGUGCUUUGAUGGGGAUCGCUGGACUCAAACCAACUGAAGAAGAAGCUGAGCAGUUACUGCAGUUGAUGACAAGCCGCCCUCCUGCCACACCAGCAGGAGUUCGCUUUGUUUCACUUUCCUUUUGUAUGCUUCUGGCCUUUUCUACACUUGUCAGUACGCCUGAACAAGAGCAGCUAAUGGUUAUAUGGCUAAGUUGGAUGAUAAAAGAAGAAGCUUAUUUUGAAAGUACCUCUGGUGUCUCUGCUUCGUUCGGGGAGAUGUUAUUAUUGGUUGCUAUGUAUUUUCAUAGCAACCAACUCAGUGCUAUUAUUGAUUUGGUCUGUUCCACUCUGGGGAUGAAGAUUGUCAUUAAGCCAAGUUCCUUGAGCAGGAUGAAAACUAUUUUCACACAGGAGAUUUUCACUGAGCAGGUUGUUACAGCUCAUGCAGUUCGGGUUCCCGUCACCAGCAAUCUGAGUGCCAACAUCACUGGAUUUUUACCUAUUCAUUGUAUUUACCAGCUUCUCAGGAGUCGUUCCUUCACUAAGCACAAAGUUUCAAUAAAGGACUGGAUUUACAGACAGCUAUGUGAAACCUCUACUCCACUCCAUCCUCAGUUACUCCCUCUGAUUGAUGUGUACAUAAAUUCUGUACUUACUCCUGCUUCUAAAUCUAAUCCAGAAGCCACAAAUCAACCAGUAACAGAGCAAGAAAUACUCAAUAUUUUUCAAGGAGUCAUUGGGGGUGAUAACAUCCGCCUUAAUCAGCGUUUCAGUAUCACUGCACAGCUUUUGGUGCUUUACUAUAUCCUCUCCUAUGAGGAAGCUCUUCUAGCAAACACAAAGACUCUAGCUGCCAUGCAGAGAAAGCCCAAAUCAUAUUCUUCUUCUUUAAUGGAUCAAAUUCCUAUAAAAUUCCUUAUUCGACAGGCUCAAGGACUACAGCAAGAGUUGGGAGGAUUGCAUUCUGCUUUACUACGUCUCCUGGCAACUAACUACCCACAUUUGUGUAUUGUGGAUGACUGGAUUUGUGAAGAGGAAAUCACAGGUACUGAUGCCUUGUUAAGGAGAAUGCUCUUGACAAGUAAUGCCAAAAACCAUUCUCCGAAACAGCUACAAGAAGCAUUUUCAGCUGUUCCAGUAAAUCACACGCAAGUGAUGCAAAUUCUAGAACAUUUGACUCUGCUCUCUGCCAGUGAACUUAUACCAUAUGCAGAAGUACUAACAUCCAAUAUGAACCAGCUAUUGAAUUCAGGUGUUCCGCGAAGAAUUCUUCAAACAGUCAAUAAAUUAUGGAUGGUCCUCAAUACUGUGAUGCCUAGAAGGCUAUGGGUAAUGACAGUUAAUGCGCUUCAACCAUCAAUAAAGUUUGUUCGACAACAAAAAUAUACUCAGAAUGACCUGAUGAUAGAUCCUCUCAUUGUCCUAAGAUGUGAUCAGAGUGUACACAGAUGCCCUCCACUGAUGGACAUCACUCUACACAUGUUGAAUGGUUAUCUUCUGGCAUCCAAAGCUUACCUUAGUGCUCAUCUGAAGGAAACAGCAGAGCAAGAUAGACCAUCCCAGAAUAAUACAAUUGGUUUAGUUGGACAAACUGAUGGCCCAGAAGUUACCAGAGAAGAACUGAAGAAUGCAUUACUGGCAGCACAGGAUAGUGCAGCUGUCCAGAUUCUCUUAGAGAUUUGCUUACCUACUGAAGAGGAGAAAGCCAAGGGUGCCAAUUCUGACACUUUGCUAAAGAAUGCUCAAAGUGUUAUUACUACCAGCACACCAAAUAAAGGAACGGAGGAAGGCGAAGAUAAUUUGCUUUGUAAUCUUCGAGAAGUUCAGUGUCUUAUCUGUUGCCUCUUGCAUCAAAUGUACAUUGCAGAUCCCAACAUUGCUAAGCUUGUUCACUUUCAGGGUUAUCCAUGUGAACUUUUGCCUCUGACUGUAGCAGGCAUUCCAUCUAUGCACAUCUGCCUGGAUUUCAUACCUGAGCUUAUUGCACAGCCAGAACUUGAAAAACAGAUAUUUGCUAUCCAGUUGCUUUCUCAUUUGUGUAUCCAGUAUGCUCUACCAAAAUCCCUCAGUGUGGCCCGCUUAGCUGUCAAUGUCAUGGGAACUUUGCUAACAGUAUUGACACAGGCUAAACGAUAUUCUUUUUUCAUGCCAACUCUACCAAGUUUAGUCUCUUUUUGUCGAGCAUUUCCUCCACUGUAUGAGGACAUUAUGUCUUUAUUGAUACAAAUCGGGCAAAUCUGUGCAUCUGAUGUUGCCACCCAGACAAGAGACAUUGAUCCAAUUAUUACACGCCUUCAACAAAUAAAGGAGAAGCCAAGUGGGUGGUCUGAAAUCUGUAAAGAGCUAUCUUAUAAAAAUGGAUCCAGAGACACUGGAAGCAUGGAUCCUGAUGUACAGCUUUGCCAUUGCAUUGAAAGCACAAUAAUUGAAAUAAUAAACAUGAGUGUUAGUGGAAUUUAAAAAAAAAAACUUCAAGAAAUGAAGCUUUUUGAUGAGAAUACCCACCCAUAUCUUAUAAGAACUUUAAGCUGAAUGGGAACAAUAGCAUCUUGGAAUCAUUAAAAUGAUCAGUUCAUCAUGAAUGAAUACAAGUUUGGAACUCUCGAGAAUCAUGCUUGGUUGUAAUUGAUUGAAGGUCCUUUGAAUAUAUUUUGCAAGUAUGUUUAUUUUGUAGCUGAGC